AAACAACCAAUCAGAUGAUUGCGCUUGUCUAUAAUAAUGUUGUCUGAAAUAUGUAUAAAUACGUGUUGAUUUUCAUAAUAAAACGAUCUGUUGCCUGGCCCUUGUCUUCUGUUGUUACAUUUGGUGUCGCUGCCUACCGACAAAUGGAAAGCCUAUGCCCUGCUGUUUUCGAUGGAGACAUAUGGAUCUUCGGGCAGGACUUCAAGGCUUCUGCGCAGUUGAGUGGCGUUCAAGAUCUGUCAGCGAUGGAGCUGCUACUUGAGACGCUGCUGGGAGGUCGGGCGAAAGCAGCAUAUGAAGGUGUGGGCCGAAGUAUGGACGAAUGUUCGACAGGGUCAGGCAAACAGUUUCCAAAGUGGGAAGGACCAUAUAUGGUCACUUCGAGAUGGGGUUACGCAGACACAGUCGCAAUGGCGAACAAUGAGAGGCGCGUGAACGUCAGCGAGCUCCAGAAAUGGAUACAGCGAGACAAGCCAACGAUGACGCCUGCACCAAGUAGAUCAAGCCGACUUCAGUCGCACGUAUUUGACGGGGGGACGAGUGUGGUGAGAGCAGGCUGCUAGCCGAUUGGUUGGCACUAAUCUACGUUAAGGUCUAGGUCACUAAUAUGGGCCGUGAACAAGGCUGAGUCAACAACCAAUCACAGCGAAGUUAACGUGGCAAAAUAUGAUUCGCAGAUAGAGAACUCUGUUUGUCAAGGAAUCCCGAAACAACCAAUCAGAAGCCUGCGUUUGUCUACCUAAACAACCAAUCAGAUGAUUGCGCUUGUCUAUAAUAAUGUUGUCUGAAAUAUGUAUAAAUACGUGUUGAUUUUCAUAAUAAAACGAUCUGUUGCCUGGCCCUUGUCUUCUGUUGUUACA